UUUUCAAAAACAUGCCCUCACACGCAUUCAGCUGCCCUCGUCCAAGGUAGCCUACUUGGUUUUAGUUGCUGUGAAUAUUUUUCUCUAACUCGUGGAGUAGGCUAGUAAAUUCUCUUGUGCCCGGUUGCUGCGCAUCUGACACUGUCCCUCCCCUACAGUCCGUGAAAAUGAAUGCCUCUGAUGAAAUGGGAUCUUUGAAAAUUACUCCCGAGUCCCUGAAGCAGCUCUUGGAGUUUUUUAACCUCUCGCGUCAGGAUUUCAUAGACACUUACAAUUUGCAGCCUCUGGUCUACAGCCCUGAACUGCCUCCCAGUGCUAAAACAUUUUUUGUUGUUAUUUAUGUUAUAAUAUUUGUCCUAGCUCUUGUCGGAAACAGCCUGGUGGUCUACAUUGUGAUCAGAAAGAGGACAGUGCGGACAGCUACCAACAUCUUUAUCUGUUCCCUGGCAGUGAGCGAUCUUCUGAUUACUUUCUUUUGCAUACCCUUUACUUUACUACAAAACAUCUCUUCAGAGUGGCUGGGAGGUGUCUAUGUAUGCAAAACGGUCCCUUUCGUGCAGAGCACAGCCAUAGUGACUGGUAUCCUUACCAUGACUUGUAUUGCUGUGGAGCGAUAUCAAGGCAUAGUCUACCCACUGAAAAUGAAAAGGCAGUACACAUCAAAAAGAGUGUACAAAAUUCUAGGAGUGGUCUGGGCUUCUGCUGUAAUAUUAGGGUCCCCGAUGUUGUAUGUACAGCAGCUAGAGGUGAAAUAUGAUUUCCUGUAUGACCACCAUCAUGUGUGCUGUCAGGAACGUUGGCGCUCCCCUGCCCACCGCCAGGUUUAUGCCACCUUCAUCCUUGUGGCUCUGUUUCUCCUACCACUGACUGCCAUGCUGAUUCUCUACACCAGAAUAUCCUUUGAGCUUUGGAUCCGGAAGCGUGUUGGGGACUCCUCUGUAUUCAACACAAUGAACCACAGGGAAGUCAACAAGAUUACAAGGUAGAAAUAACUCUACAAUGUAUUUGUAUAUGAACCUACUGAGUGGUUCUUAGUGCAUUUAUUCAGUACAGUGUUUAUUUAUCUUUUGAGAAGUCUGUGUUAAGGUGCUUUCACCCAAGUUCUGUAGCUGCUCUUCAAUUCCAGUUGUCUUUUUAGUGUUUUUGUCAUUCCGUCUUUAUACAGUAGAAGUAUGAGUCACUGCCACUGCUCUGUCACUUUAGAGCAAGCUACUUUUUAUUUAUUUAUUUUUUUUACUGGCAUUCACUUGUGUACAGUAGUUGGAAAUUAAGUGGAGAUGUACUUAGUACAGAGAGAAGGAGACAUAACUUUAUACAGACAGUGGUGAGGUUAUAGAAUGGGUUACCUAGUAAUGCUGUUGAGGCAGAAUCACUUGGAUCUUUUACCCCAAUCAGCUACCGGACGAACUUAGAUGGGCUAAAUAGCCUCC